UAAACAAAUCAGACAAAUUCUCUAUCUAUACGUGCACUUAUUUGUGAAGGAAGGCUGAGAUUCGGGGCGAAAUGCGUGUGGAAAAUCAUGGAAAAACCUCCAGCCCCGUGCCCUAACUGCCUUGCCACCGCGGCCGAGGACUGCUAAAACUGCCAUGGAUCCACCAAAAGCGGAGCAGUUGUCAGCGAGGCGAGUGUCAGUGAACUAAUAUCCGUGCAGCCAGCGGGGCCAUUAGCCUAGGUGUGUGAAUCGUAUACAAAUUCAAUAUGGCAUCCAAUAUGAGUGAUCAGAGAAUGGAUAAAUCACGCACUACUAACAAUGUGAUCAACCUGACCACCAGUGAAACGUUGAGGCUCGAUGGAGACCGGACAAACUUGCACCUGCAGGCCGAGGGUGGUGGUGUCACCCCGGGGUUCCAGAAGAAGAAAAACUCGUCCUUUCAGAUCACCAGCAUCACUUCCCGGUUAAGUAAUGACGGUGGCGAGGAUAGUGCUGAUGACACGGAGGAUAUUUCUGACAUCAUGGACAGCUCUAAGGGUCCUGACUUCGACCAGGAGACGCCCAGCUUCUCGGAGGAUUACUCCAAGUCCGAGGAGGUGUUCUUCGGGCCGGCGCCAGUGAUCCCCACGAGCUCCCAGUACGGCAUUACGGCGUUGGUGCAGCAGACGGGUUCUGGCGGCGUGAUGACGGCCAGGUUGCCUCAGGGAGUCACCGUCAACGUCACGGAGGGUGGCAUUGCUUUAGCGAAGGCUGACGGCGAGUCGGAUGAUGUCGACCACUGGCAAAAUAGGUUUAAAAUUGUUAAAAUAGAUUCUAAUGAACCUUUUAAACGUGGAAGAUGGAUCUGUUUGGAUUUCAUGGACUCUCCUGCAGUAAGUGCAGCUAAUAGUCAAAAGAAAGAUGAUUCUAAUGUGGUUGUUAAUAGUGUCGGCCAGAAGGAGCCAGAUGUUGGGGAUAAUCAGCCACAGACGGUUGUACAGUUAACUGUACCACUGCAGCAACAGACCCACACGGGACAAGCUCAGUCUCACUCUGUGCCUGCUCAGUAUCAGGUACCUCAUUCUUCUCAGGCAUCCACGCCUAUGGUACCAUCACAACCAGCUCAGAGCACCGGGGUUCCCAUGCAGUCUACACAACAUAUCUCUGGUUCAGCCGCCCCUCAGGGCCAAAGUACUUUGCAAUAUACACCGCAAGGUGCCCAAAUGCAAGGACAGUUGCAGCCGCCCAUGUCCCAGGGUUACCAGACUACAAGCCAGACUCCUCAGGGGUCAGUUCAUCCUUCUCCUUCUGCUCAGACGCCCCCACAAGCCCAGACCACAUUGCAACAGCCCCAGAUGCAACAGUCAAGCCUCCCACCACAAACCUUACAGCAGUCAACAGCAUCCCAGCCAAAUGUACAGCCUACCAUGCAAGCUCCCAAGACAUCGCUUCAGCCUGGAGCUGUAUCUCAGGCAACUAUGCAGCAGGGCAUGGUACCUGGGAGCACUCACGCUCAGCAACCGCAGCACCAGCCUGGGCAACCACAGUCCAGUAUGCCACAACCCUCCAUGAACACUCAGAGUAUUCCACAGCAAGGGAUUCCAGGCCAGAAUGUCACCAUUCCACAAAGUGUUCCUCAGACAACUGUGAUGGGUCAGCCAGGUAUCCCGACACAAUCCCUUCAGCCAACUGUAAUCAGUAGCCUCCCAACACAGGGUGUCAGUAUGGGCCAGCCUGUUGUGACUCACCCUGGGGUUCCUCCACAGCCUGUGAUGAGCCAGCCUCAACAGGGGGUGGCACAACAAACCCAUCCACCACAGAGUGUGCCUCCACAAACAUUAGGUCAGUCUCCAGUGGUCCAAAGUGGGCCAUCACCACAGCAAAUAAACCAGGGUCUGACUUCAAAAACGAUCCCUGGAGCGCAACAGAUGCAGGUGCCUAGUUCACAGCAGAUGCCUACAACGCAAAUGAGCAGUAAUAUAGGUCAAGCAGGAAUUAUUAACCAAGCAACAAUGGGAACACCACAGCAAAUAACAGCAGGCGCUCCUCAGCCAAGUGUCCAAACCUCACAGGCCCCACCAGUUAGCCAUGGCUCUCACCCAGGCACAGGUGCUGCACCCACACCUGCCACUACCCCAGCUCAACCCCAGUCUCAUCUCAGUAUGGGUGCUUCUGGUGUGCAACCAACAUCUGUGGACCAGCCACCUCAGCAACAGCAGCCUCAGCCACCUACUAAUUUAGAUGGUAUACCUGCAGUUCAACCCACUGAUGAUGCCUCCAAUGCUACGCCUCCAGCCCCAGGACAACCAGACGACUCGGAAAGUUUCCGUGGCUUGGCGCGGGCCUUGUCCUCCGGAGUGUUCCCAAGCUCUCCCUCCGGAGAUCUUCCCGUCGCUGUGGCUCCGCCCACCACCAUGGGCGUGGCGGUGUCAGGGUGUGUCAUACCGCUGUCCAUCACGCCCCCGACUUUAUCGCCUGCGCUUCCUGGUGCCGCCGUGGUGGUUCCGAUAGGCCCGCCCGCGCCCAUGGAGCCCCCGCCGCCGCUCAUGGAAGCUCCGAAGGCUCCCAGCAUCUCCAUCGCCAGCGCCGAGAAGGACGCCCCUCAAAGCGCCUCCACCGCCAGCACAGUCGCCAUUGACAACAAGAUCGAGCAAGCAAUGGAUUUGGUUAAGUCCCACUUGAUGUUCGCGGUGCGAGAGGAGGUGGAGGUCCUGAAGGAGAAGAUCACGGAAUUGAUGGAGCGCAUCAACCAGCUGGAGUACGAGAACACCGUCCUGCGGCAGUACGCGACGCAGGAGGCGCUCCAGCAGAUCCAGCAGCCCCACCACAACUCCAACACCUGAACCCCCGCGCCCCACCAUUAACACAGCGCCUCCUCAUGGCCGCCCUCGUGGUGGCCCCCCCCAACUCCCUCUCGGCGGCAGCUGAUGCAGCGGUUCCUGGGCCUUAGGCGGCCUGAGCGGUGUGCACCGUCUUCGGCGGGCUGACCCCGGCCGCCCGCCCCGCCCACACGCCGCCCACGGACGCCCACGGCACCCAGCAUCGUCAUACAAGCUCA